CCUUGGCCGAGGGAUAUGUGAAGACUCGGGGGAAAGGGUUUUUGGUCGUUUAGGUCGGCGAGGGACCUGCCGAUCCCAUGAUCAGCGAUUCGCAGUAGCCGUUAUUUACCGUACGAAAGAGGAAGAGGGACAAGAAGAGGCGUCAGCAGUCCGGUGAAAGACGAGAGUGACUCGAUUCUAGGUUGGGACAGAUUAAAUUUGAAGAACCACGAGCGCGGAAGAGUCGCCGACGUGGAUCAUCACAGAAACAAGGAGUAACUCAGUAUCGGUGUCGACAAAUUGGGCGGCUUACGGGAGACGGUUAUAUUUGACAAUUCUAUUGAGAACGCGAACGUGAGGACCAUGUCGUGCGCUCAUUAUCCAACAACAGAUUCCUGGCGAUUGUAUUCGGAUUACAAGUAUCCUCACAGUUGUUAUACUACGGCCUGUUGUACAUCUACCAUGGGAAACCCUUCUUUUGAAGUCUGUGGCAACACCACAGGCCGGGGAGAUCCGUCGUUUUCCAAAAACUCGUACAUAUACACGGAGAGAAUCGCGAACGUACGCACGUACGAGACAGCGGGAUAUCGGGAGUCGGCGGCUUCGGUUGAGAAAAUGCAAAUGCGCCUGAGAUUCCUGGAGGAGAGCAACGCGACGAUGCAUCUCAGGAAUCGAGAUCUCAUCGCGGAAAACAGGAGCUUGGCGAGGCGACUCGAAGAUAACGCAACCAAGAUAAGGGAUUUACAAAGAAACAUGUCGCUGCUGCAAGAGGAUCUCAAUAACCAAAAAAGAGCCAAGCUGAGCGAAUUGUUAGAGAAGCAAACGUUUCAGAAAAACGACGAAAGCUGUCUGGAAGACAAAUGCACCUCGUCGACGGAUAUCGUUCCGAAGACCGAUCGUGGGAUACAAAUUUGGGAAGCCUGCAAAGAUUGCCGCAGGGAAUUGGAGGGAUGCCAAAGAGAACCACCUACGGUCACUAUCACGAAAUCGGAGCUCGAGUUACUAGAGAGAGACAUGCGGACUUUAAGGGACGCCGUAAUCGCCCGAGAGGAAGCCUGGGAUAAAGCGAUGGAGCGCGAGCAGAAUUGCCGACGGCAAUUAGCACGAUUGACCACAGAGGCGGUCACUGCGCAUCAUCUUUACGAAACUCGCCAAGAUGAACUCCAUAUGGUCACGCAGACCCUGACGGAAAAAGAGUUGGAAUUAAAGACUAUGCAAAAGGAGAUGCUGUAUCUAAACAAGUUAAUCAUGAAAUUAUACCGGUAUCAGAAACAAAUUGAGGGAUACGCGGGCGGUGAUGUUAACAUUAAAAUUAAUGAGAAAGAUCAAAGGUACAUUGAGGAGAUUACACAGCGCAUACAAAGAACUAAAGGCAAAUCAAAAGUAAAGUCUAAGCAUGCAUCAGAUAAAUAUCUGCAUUCGAACUCGAGUAGCCGUUAUAAUAGUCCUCGUGAAAACAACGGUGAAAAGAAUCAGGCAGGUUCCUCGGAGGACCAUCGAAAUUAAG